GGGGUGCUAGCGAUUAGCACACUGAUUUCUAUGGUCGUGAUUUGGAAGAUUCGUUUUAUGUGAUCAAAUUAUUAAAUUCAGUUCAAAUCUGAACAUUUUCACUGAGGAAGAUGCAGGAUGACGCGCGCUACCUCAAACGCAAAGUGACUGCGGGCAGUCUGGAUGUCCAUCCCACAGAGAAGGCCCUGGUGGUGCACUAUGAGGUGGAGGCGUCUAUACUGGGAGAGAGCGGAGGCCAGAUGCUGGGCGAACGCAAGGAGGGACAAAAGAUUAUCCGUGUGAAAAGUCUUUCUCCAAGCACAGAUGUGGGAGCUUUGGCCAAGAAAGUGGUGGAGGAGUGUAAACUCAUCCCUCCUUCCCGUUUGCCCCAGGUGGAGCAGCUCCUCUACUACUUGCAGAACAGGAAAUCGUCACCAGUGGAGGGCAAAAUGGAGAAGAAAGAGAAAAGAAGUGUGAAACCUAGAGAGCUGACUCCGUUUGAAGGAAUGGAGAUAAAUGAGGAAGCCAGUAUAACCAGAGUGGAUGAGUAUGUUGAACUGCUCUAUGAAGGCAUCCCAGAGAAGAUCAGAGGCUCUGCUCUCAUUCUGCAGCUCGCCCGCAACCCUGAUAACCUAGAGGAGCUGCUCCACAACGAGGCAGCUCUAGGUGCUCUGGCCAGAGUAUUGAGGGAGGACUGGAAACAGAGUGUAGAGCUGGCUACUAUCAUCAUUUACAUCUUCUUCUGCUUCUCCAGUUUCUCCCAGUUUCACGGAGUGGUGAGUCAUUAUAAAAUCGGCGCGUUGUGCAUGAGCGUGGUGGAACAUGAGCUGAAGAGACAUGAUGUGUGGCGCGAGGAGCUACGCAAGAAGAACAAGGCUUGUGAGUCAGCGCCAGAGAAUGGUUCACUCAGAAGGGACCAGGACAAAGCUCUGAGAAAAUACCAAGGCCUUCUGGCUAAACAGGAGCAGCUGCUCAGAGUGUCUCUCUACCUCCUGUUGAACCUUGCUGAGGACACAAGAACGGAGCUGAAGAUGAGGAAUAAAAACAUUGUUGGUCUGUUGGUCAAGGUUCUUGAAAGGGAUGAUGAGGAGCUGCUGGUCCUGGUGGUCUCAUUCCUCAAAAAGCUCUCCAUCUUCCUGGAGAACAAGAAUGACAUGGCUGAGGUGGAUACUGUCGAACGAUUGGCUCGCCUGGUUCCGUGUGACCAUGAAGACCUGUUAAACCUGACCCUGCGUCUGCUGCUCAACCUCUCCUUUGACUCUGGACUCCGAGCCAAGAUGGUGGAAGUCGGACUGUUACCUAAACUGACUGCCUUGUUGGGCGAUGAGAACAACCGUCAGGUCGCCAUGCGCAUUCUGUAUCACAUCAGCAUCGACGACCGCUUCAAGGGCAUGUUUGUUUACACUGACUGCAUUCCUCAGCUAAUGCAAAUGCUGUAUGAGCACAGUGAGGAGGAAAUCGAGGCUGAGAUUGUCUCCAUCUGUAUCAACCUCGCUGCGAACAAGAGGAAUGCCCAGCUCAUGUGUGAAGGAAAUGGGUUAAAGAUGCUGAUGAAGAGAGCUCUGAAGAUUAAAGACUGCCUCCUGAUGAAGAUGAUCAGAAACAUCUCACAACAUGAUGGAGCAACCAAAGCACUGUUCAUAGACUAUGUCGGCGACCUGGCAGCAGAGAUCCGUGCAGAGGAAGAGGAGGUGUGGGUUCUGGAGUGUCUGGGAACACUGGCCAACCUCACCAUCCCUGACCUGGACUGGGAGUUGGUGCUGAAGGAGUACAACCUGGUACCCUACCUCAAGGACAGACUUAAACCAGGCUCUGCAGAGGAUGACCUCAUCCUGGAGGUGGUGAUAAUGAUCGGAACAGUUUCCAUGGAUGACGCCUGUGCUGCCAUGUUGGCUAAGUCUGGCAUCAUUCCUGCCCUUAUCGAGCUACUGAAUGCCCAGCAGGAGGAUGAUGAGUUUGUGUGCCAGAUUGUCUACGUCUUCUAUCAGAUGGUGUUUCAUCAAGCCACACGAGACGUCAUCAUCAAAGACACCCAGGCUCCAGCCUACCUGAUAGAUCUGAUGCAUGACAAGAACGCUGAGAUCAGAAAAGUGUGUGACAACACCCUCGAUAUUAUUGCUGAGUACGAUGAGGAGUGGGGGAGGAAGAUUCAGUCAGAGAAGUUCCGUUUCCAUAACAAUCAGUGGUUGGAGAUGGUUGAGAGUCGCCAGGCUGAUGAGUCUGAACCGUACCUCUACGAUAACGACAACGAGAGGACUGAUCUAUUCUACAGCGCAGAUGGAAUAACCCCAGCCGACGGUUCUGUCAGCCCAGACUUCUUCAACGACCUCCAGCCUCAAAAUGGAGACUUGCACCAUACAGGAGAUGGCAACGAUGUGUUCGACCAGACCAGCUCAUCGCCUGGACGACCAGCCACCGCCUAUGGCUUCAGACCUGAUGAACAGCCCUUCUAUCAGUAUUCAUAGACACACACGCCGGUUUGUUACACACUUCAUGACAUCCUGUCAUCGUAGAUCCAUUCCCUGUCCACAUCCUGCAUGUCCACAUCUUCACUGCUAGUUCUCAUGACUGACAGCAUCGCAUUGCUAUAGUUACUAAGACGAUGAAAGACUGACAUACAUAGAACUGAUAAGGACUGGCACACCACCACCGUAGAACUGAAACUAGUUAUUAUAUAAAAACAGCUCCAUGCAGUCACCUUUCAUUACCCUUUUCAUCCAUUCACCAUUAUGGCAGACAGAUAAGUAGUGAAGUCUUCCUUUCCCUCUGGCUGCAGACUUCUUAUGGUUAGUUCUCAGUGGGUCAGCAUAUCAUUUAAAGAAUGACUGUUGUUAAGGUUUUGCUUUUUUUUUUUUCAAAUGUUAUAAUAAAUAUUUGUUCAUUUGUUCUCUUCAAAGUGACAGAAAGUGCAUUUAGUCAAAUGUGCUCCGAGAUCCACCGGUUUGACUGCUCUGACACUGUGUCAACACGCUUACACACAGCCAGUUGACUAACAGGCGCUGUAAUGUACAUAGCUCUCUUUUGUCUGUGUCGCUGUAAUCAUCACAAGUCAAAUUCCUGAAAUUCAAGUUCCGAUCUGAAAAAGCAAACCCAGUGUGAAAGUGGCCUAAAAAAUGUCGGCUGUAAGUUGAAGCUUAAAACGCUGCAGUCUGUGUAUGUUACUGAUGUCAAACCACAGCGGUAUUGCAUUUAUUCAGUGACGAGAAAAGUAAAAAAAUCUAUCAGUGCAGAAGAAGCGGGCCAUCUCUUUCCAGCUGGAUACACAGUAUGUCACUACAUGAUUAGAUGAAUGUUAUUACCCUGCCAGCACAUGUAGCAGCUCGCAGCAGGCCCAGAAAUGGUCCGACACAGUACUGAGGUCUCUGCUUUUCUAGUCACUGAGUACAUCUAUUUAGUAUUAGUCUUUUUUGUAUAUGAGGAGAUCAGGGAAUCUAGCUUCCUUAACUGACUUUAAGUCUACUAAACAGGAAGAGAGGAUCUCUGUUUUUCCUUUCUCACUGAAUUAAAAAAAAAAAUAUCCAUAAUCCUGUGGCCCAGAACUCUAAUGGCUGUUCACAUGGCGAGAAAGCACUACACUGAAAGCAUCCAUAUUCUUCAUACUAAUAGUAUGCACACUUGGAGUGCAGUGUGCAGUGAUAUGCACGUUUCGCCAUCCUACAUGUUGACUCAUGUACUCUAACAUCAUUUAAGCAUUUGGGAGAGCGCUUUUGUUUGUGCGUGCAGGUUGGAGGAGAGGGCCGUGAGGUUAUCCUGCAGAACAUUUACUGUGCAUGUGUGAGGCACUACAGCAGCGCUCGUGAUGCUUAUGGGUUCUCUCUGUUUUAACAGCAGUGAGAUCGGGGGGCCUGAGCCAUGGGGUGAAUGUUUUUGUUGUGUCAAUGUAAGGCAACAUAAUUGGUCUGAUUUCUGGUUUAUGGCUGUCUUCAGCCUCAUCCAUUUCCUGCAGAAGUCAACUGUUUUCACUGUGUCAUUGUUUACUGUAUAAUCUUAGAGCUGUGGAGCGUUGUUUCCAGAACGUUAGGACAUUAACUGGGAACUCAAAUUAAAAAAUGCACAGAGGACUGUGACUAGAGUCUCAAUUUAAAUACCAGGGCUCGCUUGGUUAAGGAACUCUCCCUUGAGCAUGGCACUUACUGACAGACAACAGAGCAGCUCCAUGUCUGAAUGUAUACGUGUGAAUCAGAGCAGUAUAAUUCCUCUUCUCAAAACAAAAAAUGUAUUGUGCCAUUGACUAAAAAAGGAGGGUCGCCCAUACUGUAUUUAUAGGCACUGACAAUUAGCCACAUACUGUUACUUAUAGGCAUAUUUGCACAUAUAUUGUAGUUAGAUUUUGAUGCAUGGUAACGUUUUGUUUUUUAUCAUAACUUAUUGUUACUCUGUGUAUAUUAUUGUGUUUUUUAGAAUUGAUUUUAUUGCUACUUAACAAGACACUGUAAACAGAAGCAAGUACUGAACUCAAUACACUCCAUCUCUCACUGUCUUUCAUCCUCAGGUUCUUUAAUAAAACAAGAAAAAAUCCCACAUUUCCUUUGA